AUGCCAGCCCCAAACAAAGCCCAGGAGCGCCUCUCCCAAGUCGGGGGCCACCUGUCCCACUCAUCCAUCACUCCCUCCAGCUCCCCAAAGACCUCGAUCCUUCACUCUUCCCCCGACGAUGUGGUAGUAACGUGCGCUCUUCGCACACCCUUCACAAAAGGCGGCAAAGGUCUCUUUAAAGAUACCCCGGGCGCAGACUUACUGGCCGGAACAUUCAAGAACCUGAUCUCACGAUCAAAGAUAGACCCUAGCCUGGUCGAAGAUAUCGCCGUGGGCAAUGUCCUCGCCCCGGGUGCUGGAGCGACAGAAUUCCGUGCUGCGGCUCUUGUUGCUGGCUUCCCAGACUCAACUGCCGUCAAAUCGUUAAACCGACAAUGCUCUUCUGGACUGCAAGCAUGCGUCGACAUCGCUAAUGAGAUCAGAACCGGCAUGAUCGAGAUUGGCGUCGGUGCAGGUGUGGAGAGCAUGUCCUCACAGUACGGACCCGGGGCUGUGACCGAGUUCUCCGAGCUGCUGGAGAACCACAUGCAGGCGGCCAACUGCAAAGUACCGAUGGGCGUGCUAUCCGAGCAAAUGGCCAAGGACAAGAAAAUCCCUCGAACCGAACAAGAUGCAUUCGCAGCAAGUUCGUAUCAGAAAGCAUUAAAGGCACAGGAGGCGGGUUUGUUCGACGAAGAAAUCGCCCCCUUAACAGUCAAAUACACCGACCCCAAAACCGACGAGGAGAAGACAGUCACUGUGACCAAAGACGACGGCGUGCGACCGGGCAUAACCGCCGAAUCGCUGGGUAAGAUUCGCGCCGCCUUCGCCAAAGACGGCUCCAUCCACGCCGGCAACGCCAGCCAAGUCUCCGACGGCGCCGCCGCGGUCUUGAUGAUGAAACGCUCGACCGCGCAACGCCUGCACCAACCAAUCCUCGGCAAAUUCGUCGCCGCCUCCAUCGUCGGCGUCCCACCACUCCUCAUGGGCAUCGGGCCCUGGAAAGCCAUCCCCGAGGCCCUUGCCAAAGCCGGUGUCAGCAAAGACGACGUCGAUAUCUAUGAGAUCAACGAGGCAUUUGCGAGUCAGGCGGUUUGGUGCGUCAAGGAGCUGGGGUUGCCCUUUGACAAGGUGAAUCCUAAGGGCGGCGCGAUUGCGUUUGGACAUCCGCUUGGCUGUACUGGGGCCAGGCAGGUGAGUACGCUGUUGAGUGAGCUGAGGCGGACGGGCAAGAAGAUCGGCGUGUCGAGUAUGUGUGUGGGGACGGGGAUGGGCAUGGCGGCUGUUUGGGUUGCCGAGUAG